AUGUCACCUUGCUCUAGAGGGGCGAUAUCGCGAGCCUUGCGGCUUGGAUCGCUGCGAUGGCAUCCAAAGCCAGGCACUCCCCUUCUAAAAAUGACAGUCCCUCCCCUCCUACGGACCGCACCGUGGCAAAUCAGCUGCGGCAGUAUCACGACGCAAAUGCCAAAUUCCCGCCGAUUAUUUUCAACCACGCCUAUCCAACGCAAAGAAGUGACUGCUGAGGAGCUGGCCGAAGUCCUUCCAGUAUGCUGCCCUGGAUGUGGUGCUUUUACGCAGACAAUCGAGCCGGAUGAGCCAGGGUACUAUGGCGGGAAUCGCAAGCAGACCCGAAAGCUAAUCGCCUCUCACAAAGGGGCAGCCGAUAAAGAAAAUGCGGUGAUAACCAAUACAGAGCCGAUUGAAUUGGCAGAUGGUAUCAUCGAACAAGAGAAGCCUGUCAGUGACUCUUUGCCGGAACAGACUGCUGCGGAAGAAUCAACGGCGCCCGUGCCAACAGAAGGUGCUUUGCUAGAAACCAACAUCCCUGUCACUGAAAACACCUCUAUCUCUGACGAUAUACCUGUCUCUGACGAUAUCUCUGUCUCCGAAAAUGCUUCCGUCUCCCCUUCAGCUCGGGCUCUCGAGUCACCAGAUCGGAACACCCAGAUUUGCGAUCGCUGCCAUGAUCUUAUACAUCACAAUAAGGCUGUUUCGUCGCCCAAGCCAACCAUCCUUUCCAUCCGAGAAUAUAUCAAUGAGUCACCUCAUAAGCAUAACCGAGUAUACCACAUCCUGGAUGCAGCUGAUUUUCCCAUGUCUCUGGUUCCCCGCAUUCAUUGGGCACUUUUCGCUCAGGAACAGCGCUCGCGGAACCGACGGUCUUCUACUGAGAAGUAUCAUCAUGGUCAGAAAAUGCCUACGAUCAGUUUCAUCAUUACACGAUCGGAUCUGUUGGCAGCUACGAAAGAACAGGUGGAUUCUAAAAUGGAAUAUAUCCGUUCAAUCCUUCGCAAUGCCUUGGGAAGGGCAGGGAAAGAUGUCCGGCUAGGAAACGUUCACAUGAUUAGCGCACACCGAGGUUGGUGGACCAAGCAAGUUAAGGAUGAGAUUCGGGAGCACGGUGGGGGUAUCUGGGUCGUUGGUAAAGCGAAUGUGGGCAAGAGCAGCUUCAUCGAGGCCUGUUUCCCCAAGGACUCUCGCAGGCUAGAGAAUAUGGCCGAGUGGAUGGAAAAACGAGAAAGGGAAAUUUCAAACCAGCAACAGGCAACCCCUGUGAACUCCGAUGGUCUCCUUCCGCCUGCCCCUCGUGAAGGUUUAUACCCGGUUCUUCCAGUUGUGUCUUCUUUGCCUGGCACGACAGUGUCGCCUAUUCGUAUUCCAUUUGGACGCGGACGGGGUGAAAUGAUCGAUUUGCCUGGUAUGGAACGCAGCGAGCUGGAAGACCACGUUCGCGAUGAGCACAAACGCGAUCUGAUCAUGACAAAGCGUGUAAAGCCAGAGCGAUGCACUCUCAAGCCCGGCCAAUCUCUCCUUCUCGGCGGUGGUUUGGUACGCAUCUCUGCUGUGAAUCCCGAGGACACCGUGAUGGCUGCCACGUUCGUGCCCAUUGAAUCUCAUGUUACGAACACAGCAAAGGCAAUCGAGAUACAGGCCGAGCAACAGCCCUAUCGGGGUAAGGUUCUAAUGGUGGAAGGAACGGGCAGCACUAUCGCUUCUGCCGGCAAGUUCGAUUUGCAGUGGGACAUCACCGCUUCCAACCUUCCUACCUCUAUUGCCAAGGCUGUCAAAGAUAAGGGAAUCCCGGUACCUUAUCUGCCCUAUCGUGUGAUGGCCGCUGAUAUCCUCAUCGAGGGCUGUGGAUGGAUCGAAGUGAGCAUCCAAGUCCGCAACAAGCGCGGUUCCGAGGAUGAGCCCUCAACAUAUCCUCAAGUUGAGGUAUUUUCACCCAAAGGUGAAUAUAUCGGAGGCCGAAGACCGAUUGAAUGUUGGAACUUCAUUGCAGAGAAGCUGAAGGCUGACAAGCGCAAGAGGCCUCGCACAAGGCAUCAGUAUAGUUGA